AGUUUAGAACGAACCGGGUACGUUGCAUUAAACUAAGAUCUAUUGCCGUACAUUUGUGUUUUAUAACUUCUGUGUGGCAACUACCGACGUUUUGGUAGACAUCUGUAAGCAAUAAAACACGUGUCGUCACGCAAUAUCAGUUUAUUAAAGCAAUAAUGAAGUUGCACUCCUAAACGAAACUUACCCGAGUUUGAAUUCCGACGGAAAACACAAUCGCAAACGGGUUUGUCGCUUUCCCAAACCCAGGCUGGAUCAUGGCGGCCACAGAGUCCAGUUUAAGCCCGGAGGUGGAGUCAGUGGUGCCGGCGUGUAUGUUUGCUCCAGACGCGGGUCGCGCGGAAUAUCCUACCGGGGAUGAGCACAGCGACACCGGCGACGAUCAGAACGGAGACGCCGGGGAUCAGCUGGACCUCAGCAGCAAGUUUGCACUGGUCAGCCCCACAGGAGAGCAGUAUGACUGUUUGCUCAGACAGUUGCGGGACAGGAUGGAGGAGGGCUGUGGAGAGACCAUGUAUGUGGUCGGGAUGGGGACAGACGGUGGUGAUUAUGGUCUGGAUGAGAGGGAUAUGGACGCAUCUGUCGCCACCGUGCAGUCUCUUCGCGAACAGGUUGAUGGCGAUAUGAUUCUGCUGAGAGAGAGAGCGGAGGCCGCGGGACGCGUGCGAGAUUACCUCAUACGACGCCGGGUGGGAGAGGCGGACUUUCUGGAAGUCAGAGUGGCGGUUGUGGGCAACGUAGACGCCGGUAAAAGCACACUGCUGGGCGUCCUCACCCAUGGGGAACUCGACAACGGCCGCGGGUAUGCACGCCAAAAGCUCUUCCGUCACAAACACGAGAUGGAGAGCGGACGCACCAGCAGCGUAGGCAAUGACAUCCUGGGAUUCGAUCAAGCCGGGCAGGUGGUUAACAAACCGGACAGCCACGGCGGCAGCCUCGACUGGUCGAAGAUCUGCGAGAGGUCGUCUAAAGUCAUCACCUUUAUCGACCUGGCGGGGCACGAGAAGUACCUGAAGACCACCGUGUUCGGCAUGACGGGGCACUUGCCGGACUUCUGUAUGUUAAUGGUGGGCAGUAACGCCGGAAUCGUCGGCAUGACCAAAGAGCACCUUGGUCUGGCUCUGGCCCUCAACGUUCCCGUCUUUGUAGUCGUUACUAAAAUCGACAUGUGUCCCGCUAACAUUUUGCAAGAGACGUUAAAGUUAUUACAGCGGUUACUAAAGUCUCCGGGAUGCAGAAAGAUUCCAGUUUUGGUGCAAAACAAAGAUGAUGUCAUCGUCACAGCUUCAAACUUCAGCUCGGAGAGGAUGUGUCCGAUUUUUCAGAUUUCUAACGUAACAGGUGAAAACAUGGACCUGUUGAAGAUGUUCUUGAACCUGCUGUCCUCCAGAACGACAUUUAAAGACGACGAGCCACCAGAGUUUCAGAUUGAUGACACAUAUUCAGUGCCGGGCGUAGGGACGGUAGUAUCUGGGACUACUUUACGCGGAUUGAUACGUCUUAAUGACACGUUGCUCCUCGGCCCUGAUCCUCUAGGCGCCUUCAUUCCCAUAACUGUCAAAUCCAUCCACCGCAAGCGCAUGUCUGUGAAAGAAGUGCGGGGUGGACAGACAGCCUCCUUCGCCCUGAAGAAGAUCAAGCGUUCGUCUAUCAGGAAGGGAAUGGUGAUGGUGUCACCCCGUCUCAACCCACAGGCAUGCUGGGAGUUUGAGGCAGAGAUUCUGGUGCUGCAUCACCCGACCACGAUAUCGCCGAGAUACCAGGCUAUGGUUCAUUGUGGUAGCAUCAGACAGACCGCCACCAUCAUCGACAUGAACAAAGACUGUUUACGAACAGGGGACAAAGCCACCGUACACUUCCGUUUUAUCAAGACCCCCGAAUACUUUCACACGGACCAGAGACUCGUCUUUAGGGAGGGAAGGACCAAGGCCGUGGGUACCAUCACUAAGCUGCUUCAAACAAAGCCUCAGGCCAAGAUGCAGUCUACCAAGAAAACCUACCCACAGGUGGAGGGAUCUAGCGAAGAGACGUCACAUACGGAGACAAGCUCUCAAACGGCACAACAGUCAAAGCCUGGUGGAAGUGGCAGGAGGCGAGGCGGUCAGCGACACAAAGGAAAAUCGGCUCUGAGCGGCACUACCGGGGUGGCAACUGAGACCUGAAGUUGUUCUCUCACUCAUCACUACUGUUCUGAACUUUCUCAUAAGUGAACACCAGAGGGCAGUAAAGACUUUGUCAUCACCCAUAAGUCCCUUUAUUUCACAUCCCCUUUUUUUCUUUAACUACCAUAAAACUCAUAAACAAAUCCGGCCGAGCUGUUUCUCGCUUGGCUCCCUAAUUGCAAACGUUCAUCCCCGCUGACACAAUCGUGCCAAAAUCCAGACUGACAAGCUCACGCGGUCCCUCCCGGAACCACCCGUCCACCCUACUUUAUCAUCCUUAUCAAACUGGUGUCUUAACAUCCUGCAAUAAACACCCUAAAACCUGAAUUUUGGGCCGGGAUGUUUCCCCGGAGACCCAAUUAAGGAGCCCUCGACUGAAUCCGUGUUUGCGUUCAGCGAUUUUCCUAUUUUUCACUUAAUUUUCCUUCAAUUGAAUCUGGCGAACGCUGAAGCAGAUGAAAGGCAGAGAAUCUGUUCUGCCUGUCAAUCUUUUAUGCCCCCUCAUCCUCUUCUGAUUUUAAUGAGCGGCGUUGCUGCCGAGAUGCAAGAAAUCACAGCAGGCCGAGCCUUCGUGGAGUGUCACAAAUUAGGCGCCAUUCUGCUCUUGUGCAUUGCUUUUUUCUUUUCAGGAUUUAGGAUUGCUUUUAAAGGUCUUCGAUAACUAUUUGGGGGGAAACGCAGCAAACUAAGCUGACAGUGGCAUUUCAUUUACAAUACUGUUGUCACAUCUUUAUCAAAUUAGAUUUCUUAUCCAUGCUUAUUUUUAUGAUUUUUUUUAUAAUUUGACCUACAUAAACCACCACUGACCCCAAAGCAAAGUGAGAACACAGCUUGGCUUCAUGAAAACUGUUCAACCAAAAUUUAAAGGGACAGUUCACCCAAAAUUAAAAGUCCAUUGCACUCAUAUCAUUACAAACCUGUACGAUUAUAAAAAAUAAUUGUGUUAUUUUUCUUUUAAAAAAUUAUUUUCUUAAUACAAUGAAAGUAAAUGGUGACCGGGGGCUGUUCUCCAGAAAUGACCCUAUGAAACACAUCAUGAGACUUGUGUUGUAUUUUCCAUGUCUUAAAGUUAUUUUAUAGUAGUUACGUGGAGAAUGUUGUCAUGGUUUCAUUACGUGAAAAGCAUACUGUUUCUCUAGAUCACGAAUCUUAUUGGUUAUAUAAAUAUGAAUAUGAAUAUAUUAAAAUGUAAUAUGUUGCGCUCAGUUAUGAGAUGCAACUUUAGCAACCCAAUGUAAGAUUUUGGUUCAGUUUUGGUCUUUGGCUUCGAACGAUUUAGCUUUUUUAUUUUCAGACUUCUGGUCACCAUUCACUUGCAUAGAAAGCACAUUUGAACAAUUGUGCUUAAAACAUACAGGUUUGAAGAUGCAAAGCCAAUCAUCUUUGGGUGCACUGUUCCUUUAACACAUUGUUUUUUUCAGGAUUUAGAUAAGAGUUUGAAUUGUUCUCAUGGAAAUUUUCACACAUGACACCUGUGUGGAUGCCAAUUAUUUUGUUAAACUUGUUAAAAAAGACACAAAUGAAUGGAAGAGGGGAAGCGUAUUGAAGUUUGUGUCUGUCUGUUGGUGCCAGGAACGUGCAGUGAGGCGUUUUAAAACAUCUUGCAGAAAUUUGACGUUGACUUUUUGCUUAUUUAAUUUCUGAAAACAACAGUCAAACAAUAUUAGUGAAGACAAGAAUUAACGAGCAUAACUGAGUUUGUCUUCUUGAGAGCGUCAUUCGAGUUGGUUCUGGGUUCAGUUCUUGGGUUUGUUUUGGAUUUAUUAACUUCUGAAGUCAUUACGUUUUAUUAUGGGCAACCGGUUUAAACCCUUAACUAUUAUUUGUUGUUCCAUCAGGAUAGCUUCAAAGCUUUGGCUUUCGCCUACAGGUUUGUUGUAUUUUUGUUAAUAAACAGGAACUUUGAAGGAUAAUGAAACUAGGCAAAACAUUUGCCUUCUCCCUCGGACCUAGAUAUGAUUUUUAGAUAAAAAUACAAUUUUACUUUUCGAACGUUCAAUGCUUGUUUCUUUCUUCCACACAUUUUGUUUUAGUGCAUGUUUCUUUUCGUUCAGAACAAACUUGGCUGUACAAUAUGUACAAAAGAAAGUAUAAUACAUUUGUGGUGUAAAUCCUUUUAAAUAAAGUUAUACAAA